AUGGAUUUUAAAGGAAAUACACCACUGACAACUGCAGUAGAGAGGGGACAUUUAAACAUUAUACAAGAACUAAUAAGGGCAGGGACUGAUGUCAAUAUAUCGAGUGAAAAGGGGCGUAGUGUACUUGUAAUUGCAAGUAAAGGUGGACAUUUGAACAUUUUGCAAGAACUAAUAAAGGCAUGCGCUGACGUCAAUGUUUGCGAUAAAAAAGGAAAUACAGCACUGACAACUGCAUGUAAGAGAAGACAUUUUAACAUAAUGCAAGAAUUAAUUAAGACGGGGGCUAAUGUAAAUCUACCAAGUGAAAACGGGCGUAUUGCACUAAUAACUGCAUGUGAGGGUGGUCAUUUGAGCAUUUUUCAAGACCUAGUAAGUGUGGGAGCUGACGUAAAUGUUUGUGAUAAUGAUGGGAACACACCACUUUCAAUUGCAUGUAAGAAGGGACAUUUUAACAUUAUGCAAGAAUUAAUCAAGAGAGGAGCUGACGUCGAUGUUUGUGAUAAAAAAGGAAAUACAGCACUGACAACUGCAUUAGAAGGGGGACAUUUUACCAUUAUACAAGAGUUGAUAAAAACAGGAGCUGAUGUCAAUAUACCUCGUGAGAACGGGCGUACAUCACUUAUAAUUGCAUAUGAUAAAGGAAAUUUGAGUAUUGUGCAAGAACUAAUUAAUGUUGGGGCUGACAUUAAUAUGUGUGAGCAAGAGCGGAAUACAGCACUGAUAACUGUAUUAAAGGAGGGACAUUUGAGCAUUGCUCAAAACCUAAUAAUGGCUGGGGCUGAUGUCAAUGUUUGUGAUAAUAAAGGAAAUACACCACUGACAACUACAUUAGAGAGAGGAGAUUUUAACAUUAUACAAAAUUUAAUAACAUCAGGGGCUGAUGUAAAUCUACCGGGUGGAAAGGGACAUAUACCACUGAUAAUUGCAUGUGAAAGUGGAAAUUUGAGCAUUGUUCAAGAAUUAUUAGAGGCGAGAGGUGAUGCCAAUUUACGGGAUCAAGAGCGGAACACAGCACUGAUAACUGCAUUAAAGAGAGAUUUUUUCAACAUUGCACAAGAACUAAUAAAAUUUGGGGCUGAUGUCAAUCUACAGAAUAAAGAAGGGAAUACACCAUUGAUAACUGCAUGUGAGCGUGGGUAUUUGAGCAUAGUACAAGAACUAAUUAAGAAGGGGGCUGAGGUAAAUGUACAAAAUAUCAUGGGGAAAACACCACUUGUAGCAGCUUGUAUUGGCGGACACAUGUGCAUUGUUCAAGAACUUUUCAAAUUCAGGGCUAACGUCAAUCAUAAAGGUAUGGUAAGAAAUACACCAUUAAUAGCUGCAUGUAGGUAUGGGCAUGUGAACAUUGUGCAAGAACUUAUCAAAAUGGGGGCUGAUAUAAAUCUAGAGGAUAAUGAGGGAUGCACACCACUCAUAGCUGCAAGGGAGGGUGCACAUUUAAGUAUUGUUAAAGAAUUAGAAAAGAUUGCGGCUCAUGGCCAUAGGAACCAAGGGGGGACAGGGCAAAACUGGAUUGAAAGUAUUUUUCGCUUCAGUUGGCGGUGA